AUGGUGCUGUACACUCAGACAGGACCAGGCUCUCGUACCGCCAAGUUGAUCAAGUUCUUCUGGGCCAUCACUAAAGGCGAGCAACAAAUCACCAACAGCCACUCUGCCAAGCUGUACCUUCAAGGCUGCAAAGACUUUUGCGAGCAAAAGACGGCCGUUAAGUGUGUCGAAGUGCUCAUCUCCAACCCGCCUGGUGUCAUUGCUCUUGAGAGAGCUGUGCGAGCCGACUUGGGUGCCGACUUCAUCACAUCAACUACACUGCCCUUCAUCCAUGCUCUUUCGGACCCUGGCGUAGCAUCACUCAACGAUGGUCGCUUCCUUCGGCAGCUUCUGUCAGCUAUUCUUGAACCCGCUACUUUUUGGUCUGCGUUGCUACCUGUCUAUUACAAUGGCAGGCUUGACGAUGCUGGCCUGGAAGCCUUCGCAUGGCUCUGCCUUCAGAUCGUAUCUGACCAGAGCGGGAGUCUUGAUGCCCAUCGGAUUGGAGUCCAAACCCUGAUGGAGGACAAAUCUCUCCUCAAAUCACUAUCGCCUGAGGUCCGAAAGAUCGCCUACCGCAUUGAAAGAGUCGUCAGCGCCUUUUCUCUUCCCAACGUCGCAUCCAACGGCGUCAGUCCUGGAGGACGCCACGACAAUGACCAUGCGGACUUUCGCAAGAUCUCCAUCUAUCCCACCUCAGAUGAACUUCUAUCAACCGAUGAACCCUACCUCCAACGUCUUGCAGACGUCUUUGACACGCCUAAGGAAACGAGAGGCCCUGCUUACCGCGACUGGCUCUUUCGCCUACUUCGGGAGGACAUGCUCUCUGAGAUACGCGAAGAUCUGCAGACCGCCACGGGCCAGAAGAAGAGCAAGCGAAAGCCUGUCGCUUUAUCUCAGUUGAACCUGGUCGGCCUCAAUGACGUGAACGGAAACAACGUGAACGGACAAAGGCCCAGGGUCAGUCCUCCGUAUACCCUCAACGUCGCAUGCAACCAGGGCAUUUAUUUUCCAAAGAAGUUCCCCAAGGGUAGCAAGAAGGCUUUUCUAGAAGAUACAAAGCAGUUCAUGAAGCACGACUCAUUUGGCGCUCUCUGCUGUGGCAAGGACAUCGUCGCCUUCGGAUCACUCGUCAGAGACAUCCACAAUCUCACCCAGACACCCCCAGUCAUUGGAAUCAGAUUCACCGAUGAUUCAAGCCUGGGCAAGGCACUUGAGGCUCUCCGGGGCCCCGACCAGCAGCGUUUGAGGUUCCUUCUUGUUGAUACGGCUACCUUUGCCUACGAGCCCAUCCUCAAGCGGCUCCAGACCAUGACGGAGCUACCUCUGGAGGGCCAACUGAUCGACUCCGAGGAACCUUCUCAAGAUGCAGCUAGACCAGAAGCACUGGAACUGCUGAUCAAGAAGUUGAGAGCAUAUUCUGCUCAGGGUAUGAAGGUCAAGAUGCCAGCAGGUAUGGGCCUAAAGAAGGAUAUUUAUCUCCAAGGCGCCCAGCUUGACUCCUUCAUCAACGGCCUGAGCCAAGAACUGGCCUUGAUCCAAGGCCCACCUGGAACUGGCAAGUCCUUCCUUGGUGCUCUCAUCCUUGUGGCUAUCCUUCGCCUGACAAACUAUCGCAUCCUCGUCCUCAGCUACACGAACCACGCCCUCGAUCAGUUCAUGGAGGAUCUCAUGGACAUGGGUAUCGAGCCUGAUCGAAUGGUCCGCCUUGGCUCCAAGUCCACCGAAGCAACCAAGAGCACACUUUUGAGAGAGUACGAUCAGCAAAAGAAAUACUGGCUGACCCCAGAAGAGAGGGCCAUCCGCAACUAUCUCCAGAGUGAAUCGGCAUCUAUUUGCAGCGAACUCGAGACCUGCUGCAAGAAGCUAUCGGGACAUAUUGAUUCGGGCGAUAUCAUCGAGUACCUGGAGUUUUCCGAUGGCUUCACUCCUGCCUGGGCAGCAUUCCAAGUCCCCCAAGACGAUGGCUUCCAGAUGGUGGGCGCAAACAACAAAGCUCUCACACCAGACGCUCUCUACGACUUCUGGUACAAGGGCACCCCGGUCACCCGGUUUGGCGGACUGCUGGGAUCUUUAAACCCGUCGGCCCAAGUGGUCUGGGGGCUCUCGCCUGAACAGAGGCAGCAGCUUCAUUCUCAGUGGUGGUAUGCUGUUCGUGCAGAGCAGACGGACACAUUUGUCGAGCUCAGCAAACGAUACCAACAGAUUGAGGCCGAGAUCAAGAGCAUCAGAAACGAAAGCGCACGAAGGGUCCUCAAGGACAAGCGAAUUAUUGCCUGUACGACAACUGCUGCGGCGAUGCAACAGUCCAUCAUCGAGACGGCCAACCCCGAUGUCAUUCUUGUCGAAGAAGCUGGAGAAAUCCUCGAGGCUCAUGUCAUCACAGCUCUGAGUCCCUCUGUCAAGCAGAUCAUUCUUAUCGGUGAUCACAAGCAGCUGCGGCCCAAGGUCAGCGACUACAAACUCACCAGGGAAAAGGGCGAAGGCUACGACUUGAACGUGUCUCUCUUUGAGAGACUCGUCUGCCAAGGCCGUCAUUUCACAACCCUCCAAGAGCAGCAUCGCAGUCACCCAGACAUAUCGUUCUACCCACGCAUGCUGGCCUAUCCCGAGUUGAAGGACAUGCCAUCAACUCACGACCGCGCCCCUAUCCGAGGUCUGAAGAGUCGAGUCACCUUUGUGCACCACCAACACCCCGAGGAUUCGAUGGCUGAUGUGGCUGAGCGCCGUGAUCCAACAGCCAAGGCCAGCAAGAGAAACCAGCACGAAGCGGACAUGGUUUUGAAGAUGGUCAAGUUCCUGGGUCAACAAGGAUACAAGACGGAGAACAUGGUUGUGCUCACCCCGUACCUCGGUCAGCUCUUCCUUUUGAAGGGGAUUCUCCGCCAGGAGACUGAUCCAUAUCUCAACGACUUGGACUCGCAUGAACUCGUGCGAGCCGGAUUACUCACCAAAGCCAGCGCCAAAGUGAACAAGAAGUCGCUUCGUCUUUCCACCAUCGACAACUACCAAGGAGAAGAGUGCGAUAUUGUCAUCGUGUCCUUAACUCGCAGCAAUGCAUCUGGUGAUAUUGGUUUCCUUCAGGCCCGCGAACGCUUGGUGGUGCUCUUGUCAAGAGCUCGCAACGGUUUGAUCAUCUUUGGCAACAUGGAUACCUUUAUGAAGAGCAAGAGGGGAGGUGAGAUGUGGACAGAGUACUUUGACGCUCUGAAGAACAAUGAGUGUCUGUUUGAUGGGGUGCCUGUUUUCUGCGAGCGCCAUCCAGAGACAUCCAUGCUGCUGAAGUCCCCAGGAGACUUUCAUGCCAUGUGUCCUGACGGAGGGUGUGCAGAGCCUUGUGGUGUAAAGUUGGGCUGCGGCAAACAUACUUGUAGCAGACGCUGCCAUCGCCUGCAAGAUCACUCACAAACCGUCUGCCAAGAACGAGUCGAACGAACUUGUCCCAGAGGCCACAAGACCAAAGCCCCCUGCGGAGAUACCUCCGGUAGCUGCAAACCCUGCGCCAAAGAAGAUGAAGAUAACCGUCGAAGAAUCAUUCGCAACCAGGAGCUCGAGAGGAAGCGUCAGGAUCAGCAAGAAAAAUACCGCCGUGAUCUACAGGACAUGAACGAUGAGAUCGAUCACCUUCGUCGUACCAGGAAGUAUGAGACGGAAAAGGAGCAGCAAGCAGAAGCUCUGAAGCAGAAGCAGAAGGAGCUGAGGGCGCUCCGAGAGACUGAAGCCAACUUGGAUAAGAUCAAGAAGGCCCAGCAAACCAACUCGGGACAGCCAGCGACCCCAGUUCCUCCACCUCAGUUUAACGCCAUUUCCAGCGCUGCUAGUGAAUGGGAAAACAUGAAGAAGACUGAGGGCGCCAGCAAUGCUGCCCUGGACAAGCUCAUGGGCAUGAUUGGACUCGAGGCCGUCAAGGACAGUAUGCUCUCCAUGAAGUCCAAGGUGGACACAAAAUUGCGUCAAGGCUUCUCGUUGAGCGGGGAGAGAUUCAGCUGUUCGCUCCUUGGGAACCCAGGAACCGGCAAAACAACCGUUGCCCGCAUCUACGGCGAAUUCCUCACCUCUGUGGGAGCCAUCGCUGGGAACUCUUUCGAAGAAGUGACGGGCUCAAAGAUGGCCAACAUGGGCGUAUCUGGCUGCGAGCAACUUCUCGAAAAGAUCAUGAACAAUGGCGGAGGUGUCAUGUUCAUCGAUGAGGCCUACCAGCUCACCUCCGGCAACAGUCCUGGCGGUAAGGCCGUCUUGGACUAUCUGCUGGCGGAAGUCGAGAACCAGAGAGGCAAGGUUGUAUUUGUUUUGGCGGGAUACAGCAAGGACAUGGAGUCCUUCUUUGCCCACAACCCAGGCAUCCCAAGUCGAUUCCCUAUUGAGAUGAAGUUUGAAGACUACACUGACGAGGAACUUGUCAGCAUCCUGAAGCUUCAGGCUCAUCACAAGUUCAAAGGGAGGAUGAAGGUGGAGGAAGGUCCAGACGGGCGCUUCUUCCGCAUCGCUUGUCGAAGGAUUGGGCAUGGCCGUGGGAAGAAUGGCUUUGGAAACGCCCGCGCCGUCGAGAACUGUCUUCAACUCAUUACCGACAGACAAGCAGCAAGAAUCCGGAGGGAACGAACAGCUAAGGGUACUCCAGACGAUCUGCUACUCACCAGAGAAGACAUUAUCGGACCAGAACCAUCUGAAGCGUUGACCAAGAGCAAGGCAUACCGAGAACUCAACUGCUUGAUCGGACUCCAGGAAGUCAAGGAUGCGCUCAAGAUGUUGAUGGACACGCUCAAGACAAAUUACCAGCGCGAGUUAGAUGAGCAGCCCCUGGUUGAGUUCUCCCUCAACAAGGUCUUUCUCGGAUCCCCCGGAACAGGCAAGACAACUGUCGCCAAGCUGUACGCCAAGAUCCUCGCAGACCUUGGACUUCUGUCAAAUGGCGAGGUUGUAGUCAAGAACCCAGCUGACUUUGUGGGAGCCCACCUUGGACACUCCGAGGCCCAGACAAAGGGCAUCCUUGCCUCGACGGUUGGGAAAGUCCUCGUCAUCGAUGAAGCAUACGGUCUCUACGGAGGAGGAGGCAAGAAUGGUUCCGGCGGUGACAUGUACAAGACAGCCGUUGUGGAUACCAUCGUGGCCGAGAUUCAAAGUGUACCCGGUGAGGACCGGUGUGUACUCCUACUUGGAUACAAGGAUCAGAUGGAGGAGAUGUUUCAGAACGUCAACCCCGGCUUGAGUCGACGUUUUCCUCUCUCGUCUGCAUUUGUCUUUGAGGACUUUGACGACGCUGCCCUUGCCAAGAUCCUCGACAUGAAGCUAGGCAAGACAGGUUUCUCGGCAACAGACAAGGCAAAGCAAGUGGCCCUCGACGUCCUCCGCCGCGAAAGAAACCGCCCCAACUUUGGAAACGCUGGUGCCAUUGAUAUUCUCCUAAACGAAGCCCAGGCAAGCCACCAGAAGCGUGUCUCCAAGGGCAAGGUCAAGACACACGGUAAACUGGAAGCGAUCGACUUUGACGCCGACUUUGACAGAGCUGAAAGAGAGGACACUGACGUCAAGAAACUGUUCGAGGGCGACGUCGGACGAGACAGGCUCAUCUCGGUGCUGCAAAGUUAUCAGACCCGUGUGCGUCACGCCAAGGCGUUGGAUAUCGACCCCGAUAUUCCCUACAACUUCUUGUUCCGCGGGCCGCCAGGAACGGGCAAGACGACAGCGGCACGCAAGAUGGGAAAGGUCUACUACGAUAUGGGUUUCUUGGCCAGUACAGAAGUCAUAGAAUGCUCUGCUACCGAUCUCAUCGGCGAGUAUGUUGGACAGACUGGUCCAAAGGUGCAGCAGCUUCUCGACAAGGCACUUGGCCGGAUCCUUUUCAUCGAUGAAGCUUACCGCCUGGCGACUGGGCAUAACUCCUUUGCCAAGGAAGCCGUAGACGAGUUGGUCGACUGUGUCACAAAGCCCAAAUACCACGGCAAGCUCAUCAUCAUCUUGGCUGGCUACGUCGAAGACAUCAACGCUCUCCUCAACAUCAACCCCGGAAUGACGAGCCGGUUCCCGGAGAGCAUGGACUUUAACCCUCUUGGCCCGGAGGCUUGCAUCAAGCUAAUGACGAGUCAACUGCAAGGGUGGAAAGCCGAGCUCAAGGCCAAGAGACCCAUGGACAUCUCAUGCUUGGAGAACCCUCAUUGUCGGUUCAUCAAAAGGCUGGAGAGCAAGUUUCGAAUGCUCUCCUCGCAAGAGGGCUGGGCGAAUGCCAGGGACGUCAAGGAGCUGGCCAAGAAGACCUUUCGCAAAGUUGAUCUUUCCUCUGCGAGUUUGAAAAUCACCGAGUCCCUCAUUCAUGCCGCCCUUGACGAAAUGUUGGCUGAGCGUGCUGGAAGGAUGGCCAAUGCAAAGAAGCCGUUGGUUCCGCAGUUUGCAAACGCACGACAGGACGGGCCAAGAUUCGCGCCCAUUACUCAGACCAGCAGCUCAACAAAGGUCCAGGAGCAGCAGAAUGACGAUGAAUCAGACGAAGAAUCUGAUCUCGACCAGGCGGAUGGAAAGACUAUCCGUGACCCUGGUGUAAGUGACGCGGUCUGGGAACAACUCCAAAGAGACAAGGAGAAGGAAGUACAACAGGAGAAAGAGCUCCGCCGACUCAAGACAGCGCAGAAGAACGCCAGUGACGCGGACCGGGAGAGACUGGUGCGGGAGAUCCUUGCCGAAGAAGACAGACGCAAGCAGAUGGAGGCGCAAAAGGCAAAGCUCAAGAUGAUGGGAAUCUGCCCUGCUGGAUAUCGCUGGAUCAAGCAGGAUGGUGGAUACCGGUGUGCUGGGGGGUCGCAUUGGAUUCCCAAUGAGAAUAUGGACAAGCUUGCAUGA